UCUAAUAAUGUCAACAAAAAAAAAAAGAUGAUCUCUCUCUGAGUCUAUAUAUUUGUUUUAAGCGUGCGAUCACAAAAUAAAACAUAAUUUUGUUGUUGUUUGUGUUGGAUCUGGUUGAGAUGGAAGAGAAUCAUAACGAGGAUGAUAGUAAGAGAGAGGGGCUACUAUUGAAGAAAGAGAAUAAUUAUAAUUAUUAUGAUGAGAACUGCCCGGGUUGCAAGGUGGAAAGAGCGAAACAGAUGAAGACAGACAUGUCCAUACGAAACCUCUUCAACAUAUGGUUGGUCGUCUUAUGCAGCUCGCUGCCUAUAUCAUCUCUCUUUCCUUACCUUUAUUUCAUGGUAAGUGAUUUUCAUAUUGCCAAAAGAGAGGAAGACAUAAGUGGCUAUGCUGGUUAUGUAGGAUCUGCAUUCAUGCUUGGAAGAGCGUUAACAUCUAUAUUGUGGGGAAUAAUUGCUGAUCGCUUUGGUAGAAAACCUGUUAUAAUUAUUGGGAUUAUUGCAGUUAUAAUUUUCAACACACUAUUUGGCCUUAGCACAAGCUUUUGGAUGGCAGUUACCACAAGGUUUUUUCUGGGAAGUUUGAAUGGUUUGCUUGGACCAAUGAAGGCUUAUAGUUCUGAAAUAUUUCGAGAAGAGAACCAAGCCCUAGGACUCUCAACCUUUAGUGCAGCUUGGGGCAUAGGUUUAGUCAUUGGACCAGCAUUGGGAGGCUACCUUGCUCAGCCAGUAGUGAAAUACCCCGGAGUAUUUCCAAAAAACUCAAUUUGGGAUAAGUUCCCAUACUUCUUGCCCUCAUUGAUAAUAUCAAUUUUUUCAUUUGUGGUAUUAAUUCUCUGCAUCUGGCUUCCGGAAACACUCCACAACCACCCUCGGAUCGAGUCUGCCAUCACCGGCGAUAAUGGUGAUUCUUUAGAAACCGGCGGCACCGGAUGUGAUGAUAAAGACAAAAGAAUCCAAAAGGAUGAAAACCUCUUUUUGAACUGGCCUUUAAUGUCAUCAAUAAUUGUUUAUUGUGUGUUCUCCCUCCAUGAUAUGGCUUACCAAGAGGUUUUUUCAUUAUGGGCUGUAAGUCCUAGAAGAUUGGGGGGUUUGAACUUUACAACAGACAAUGUUGGUGAUGUUCUUUCAGUAACAGGUACUGGUCUUAUAAUAUAUCAGCUUUUUGUAUACCCAAAAUUGGAAAAAGCUUUUGGGCCUAUUGGGCUUGCUCGCAUUGCUGGGGUAGUAUCCAUACCUCUGUUACAGAGUUACCCCUUCAUAGCAAUGUUGUCAGGAUUCAUACUCUACCUUCUCAUAAAUAUUGCUUCUGUCUCUAAAAACCUUCUGCAGGUGUCCAUUAUAACUGGUAUGUUCCUGCUUCAAAAUAGAGCAGUGGAACAACAUCAAAGGGGGGCAGCUAAUGGCAUUGCCAUGACUGCUAUGUCAAUCUUCAAAACAAUUGGUCCAGCUGGAGGAGGGGCAAUAUUAGCUUGGUCACAGAAAAGGAUGGAUGCUUCUUUUCUACCAGGAGUUCAUAUGUUGUUCUUCAUCCUGAAUAUUGUUAUGGGACUUGGAGUGCUUUUACUAUUUACACCAUUCCUCACCAUAAGGAAGAACACACCCACAAGUUAAUUAAUUAUGCUAUCUUCUCAAUUUUAAUUAAUUAAUGCCUUAUUUGAAUUCUAUUAUUGGUCAUUCAUGGUGACUGGGAGAUACUACUAACAAAGCGUUAGUAAUUCUAGUCAUAUCAUUAUUUUAAGGAGAUACCAAAAUAUUAACUUUUAUGUAUAUUGUUACAUUAUUACAUGUUACAUGUUUUAAUUUAUUUUUAUUAUCUAAUAUUUUAUAUUAUCCAAUACUUUACCA